ACAGUGCUCCACCGUCACAGAAGUGGUUUGUAAAAGACUAGUUUCUGCAUUAGUGCAUUCCGAGUUCUGAUCAUCAUACUGCAACACCAUGAUGUCUAUAACAAAAAUCUUGAUUUUGUUCGUCGCAAUCGUUUUCAUUGGGGAAGUAGUCGACAUGCACCCCGAUAUAGAUCGUCCUGAUGUUCCCAUUAACGAAUUGUCAGAAACGCAAUACCUUCUGAAGCUGGCCGAUUCUGAUUACACCAACUUUGGCAUGUUGAGUGUGCUGUUACGGACAAGACUUAAUUCGCUGCAAACAUCUUCGCCGAUCGAAACUACCACCGCCGAGACCGAGUCCAUUGCCAGCCAGCAUGCAGGCUGGAGGUUGGUAAACAGAAUUCGACGCUUGACAUCGGAGAAGAAUACUAAUACUACAGUGUCAGGAGACCCAACGCAAACCAAUAAUGAGCCUAAAAUGAGUGCUCUUAAAUGCUUGGUGUCUCUUGCGUACCCAGUAUCCCUUCCACUGCAAUGUACACAAUUUUAUUUUGGUUUUUUAUAUAAUUAAAAAUACUCUUUAUAAUUAUUAUUACAAUUCUUAUAAAUUUAGU